GCAUCUUUCUUUGUGAUUAACCUUGCGACUUUGACCGAACGUUCUUCUUGCUCUUCCACGGGUCCGAUUAUUUCGUUAGCACCUCAGUAGACCGGCAUACCAGCACCAGGCAAGGCGGCCUCGGCGUGACUUGCGCAGUCGCCCUGUGCAUCACCGCCUCACGACCCAGACACCCCUCACGCGCAGUGCGCUCCUUCUACAACUACACCAUCACGACAACAUGAAACCCCGAGACUACUGCUGCUGCGCUAUUCCGCUCGUCAAUGCUGGAGUUUAUGCGGCUAUCAUCGAGCAAUUCGUGCUCGGUAUCCUUGCCGGGACCCUCUCGGUUGCAACCCCUAGUAUUGUCGGAGCUGCGACACCCUCAUUUGCUCCGUGGUUAUUUGCGAUAAUAUGCUACGUUGCUGCAGGCGUCCAGGUGCUCGGAUUCUUCGGAGUGUCUAGAGAGAGCCCAAACCUCUUCAAGCGUUAUGUUCAACUUCACCUGACUGCGCUCCUUGUUGCGUUCUCGGUGGCGAUCGCGUGGAUCAUAAUUUCUGCUACCCGGCACUCGACUGCUCAGAGUAAUUGCCUCAAGAACUUCUUUGACAACGACACCACCAACUCUGAGGGGACGACUCUCUGCAACAUAUUUCCCUGGGUAGAUGUCGGGAUCAUGGGCGGCCUAUGGGUCGUCCUGGCUAUUCUGCAGAUCUAUCUCUACGUUGUGAUCGCGUCCUACGGCGCCAUGCAACGGGAUGAUCACCAGCGAUACGACGCGACGAUCCCGCUCACAAGCGACCUUCCACCAGAUGACCGGUCAGACCCGUGGAAUGCCCGCCCUUCCACUGACUCAUUGGCAGGCGGCAACCACAACCACCUCGGACAUAAUAGGAAUACCAGCACCGCCAGCGCUGCCACACUGAUGCAAGACAAGGUGGAGCAACCGUUCGAUAGCUAUUCCGCUUCUCGAUACACUACGGGCAACACCUACCCGCCCAACAAUGGUUAUGGCAGCCCACCGAAGCAGCCCUUGGAAGCCUACACGCAGGAACCGCUGCCCACGCCCGAAUAUAGCAGCACUGGAAACCGUGUAACAUCGCCCGAUACCAUGAACAGGCCCGAGCGGACACUUGCCCAUCCAGGUCAGUCGUCUGUGUAGGGUGGCUAAAAUGCCCUGGUUGUACCUGCGUCAGCCUGCACGGGCAGAUCGUGCGACAACUUGGGCAGCGGAGGGAUCCUUUCGCAGGAAGACACCCCGAGUGAACAAUUCAGAGGACUAUCGCGUCCCGAUCCGACAGGACUUGUACAAUACCUACUCCAGACCUGGCUACAGUGGGUACAGAUAAAUCGGCCGCGGUAUGGACCGAGUAUCGGUACAGAGCCAUCACUAUAUAAUGACAUACGGACACUUUUUCUCGUCACCGCCGCGUGGCGCAGCUGCUAUCGCACCUGGCACCCCUUGUGAUCCAUGUGUCGUAAGUAGAGC